AUGCCCUCACCAAGAUUUUCGGUGACAGAGGACAUAAAUAAACCCCGUAUCCUUAACCUGAAGGAGAGGACAUUAAUAUACAAGUUUCGUUUCAAGUAUCCCACGAAAGAACUCAUACCCACGCCCCCACCUCAGUAUCUAUUCCAGCAAGUGAUGGCGGAUCUAUUCCAUUUAGACGGCAACUUGUACAUUGCUUAUGCAGACAGGAUGACGGGAUGGAUGGAGGUGGAACAUAUUUCAGAAGAGGCCUUCAUCUCCUGCCUCAUCAUUGCUUUCUGUCAGUGGUUUAGGAGACUGGGCAUCCCCGAGGAGCUGUCAUGCGACGGAGGCACUAACUUCACCAGUCAUGUGUCUAGAAGUUUCUUUAGCACCUGGUGCGUCAAGUUAAGGAUCUCCUCAGCACACUACACCCAGUCUAAGUGGCGUGCAGAGGCGGCAAUCAAGUCGACGAAAAGGUUGCUAAGAGGUAACAUCUCCCGCGGAGGCUCCCUGGAUACUGACGCCAUAACCAGUGCACUUAUGCAGUACCUAAACACGCCCCUUCAAAGGUCGGACACGUCUCCAUACGUGAAAGGGAACAUGCCAUGA